AUUCAGAGGCUGCUGCCUGCCUAGGAGGCUGUAGAAAGCUCUGUAGGUUCUCUCUGUGUGUCCUACAGGGCUCCACGGGCCAGGUCCUUGCUUGAUGGCCUUUAUGAAAAAAUAUCUCCUCCCCAUUUGGGGACUCUUCUUGGCCUACUACUUCUAUUCUGCAAAUGAGGAAUUCAGACCAGAAAUGCUCCAAGGAAAGAAAGUGAUUGUCACAGGGGCCAGCAAGGGAAUUGGAGAGGAGAUGGCCUAUCAGCUGGCGAAGAUGGGAGCCCAUUUGGUGGUGACCGCGAGGUCAAAAGAAACUCUACAGAAGGUGGUAUCCCACUGCCUAGAACUCGGAGCAGCCUCAGCACACUACAUUGCUGGUACUAUGGAGGACAUGACCUUCGCAGAGCAAUUUGUUGUCAAAGCAGGAAAGCUCAUGGGGGGGCUAGACAUGCUCAUUCUCAACCACAUCACCAACACAUCUGUGAAUUUAUUUAAUAAUAAUAUCCACGAUGUGCGCAGAAGCAUGGAGGUCAACUUCCUCAGUUAUGUGGUCCUGAGUGUAGCCGCCUUGCCCAUGCUGAAGCAGAGUAAUGGAAGCAUUGUUGUGGUCUCCUCAAUAGCUGGGAAAAUAGCUAAUCCACUUGUUGCUCCCUAUUCUGCAAGCAAGUUUGCUCUUGACGGGUUCUUCUCUUCCAUCAGAGCAGAAUAUUCAGUGACCAAAGUCAACGUCUCAAUCACUCUCUGUGUCCUCGGUCUCAUAAAUACAGAAACAGCCAUGAAGGCAAUUUCUGGAAUAAUUGAUAGAGAACCAGCUCCAAAGGAUGAAUGUGCCCUGGAAAUCAUCAAAGGGGGUGCCCUGCGCCAAGAAGAAGUAUAUUAUGAUAAUUCACUCUGGAAUGUUCUCCUGCUAGGAAAUCCAGGGAGGAAGCUCCUGGAAUUUCUCUAUUUAAGGAGUUAUAAUAUGGAUAAACUUAUAAACAACUAG